UACAUUUCAGGCCUCUGUGGGGCGUUACGACUGCUGCAGCCACCAAAUUCCUCCUUCAUGCAUAUAUAAUUCAACCUGCCGUUCGCGAUGGGGGAAAAGGACGAUGACCUGAGUGUUUCGGUACAGUCGAUAGACGGCCCCUGGACACCGGUCCGCUCGACAACCUGGGGAAACGAUGUAGUGGAGAGGAGAAAAAAGAGCCGGAAUUGGGCUUGGACAUGGGGACUCCGCAAUCGAUGGACAGCAGUGAAGAGAAAGAUUGAGCCAGCAGUCCAGUCUUCUAGACGCACGAUCCAGCCAGCUUGCAGUGCAAUAUGGACGUUCGCUCGCUGCCACCUCUGGCCGUGCCUCGUCCGGGUGUUCAAAUCGAAGAAGCAGUGGUUCGCACUCUUGCUCUUCACUUUUGGCGCUGUAGCACCUAUGGUCAUGCUUGGAUACUUCACACCGCGAUCAAACUAUUCAAACGGCGCAUUUCCCUACUACGACGUCUUUGCUCCAAAGACCAUGGGAUGUGGCAGCGAAUUCGAUGAUCAGCCGGCCAACUCUACGGUCUCGGGGUUCGAGGGGCUUUUCGUGCUGGAUCAGACUUAUGGCCGUUUCUCGUUCGCAACCGCCAAAACCAUAGACGUCGCCUGGGACAUCUUGUUCGGCCGCGGCGUGCAAAUGCUCGCCUGGUGGAUUGCGUACGUCGUCUUUUCUGACGCCCUGUUGCGCGUGAUUGAACGACAGCCAGCGUCCUUCCGCAUCUUCCAGCGUAUUGCAUUGGAAGGCCCCAGCCUGCUGUCGCUAUGGACGCUUUGCACAGAGUUGCUGUCUUCCAACAGUAAGCGGACCAAGGCCCUUUUCGCAUACAUGCUUGUAUCAACAACCUACGUCCUUUGCAUCCCAAUGUUUCUGGGUGCUAUGACUGGCUACGACAGUACCUCCAUUGCCUGGAUAAAUCUCGACGACUCCAACAACAUCGUGCCCACUUCUGCAGUUAAGCUUUCAUGGGUCAUAACAGGCACUACGAACGAGACAUUUGACAAGCCCUUUUGCGCAGAUUAUGACGACAUGUCCAAGCGGUCUGAAUAUAUUCGUCUUCGACUAGACAAAUGCACCUGUCAAAGGCUGGACGGCUCGCUGGCACCUCCAGGCACCUACUCUUAUUACGACUACCGCGGAUAUCUCCUUAAAGACGACCCGGCUUACGAUACGGGAACACAGUGUUUCUUCGACUACCCCGGCGCCAACGAAACAUUCCAGCAAGCCACAUACAACGACCCUCAGACCGGCACGUGGACCAAGGACACGACGUCGAACUGCAACGACACAGUGGACCUCUCCAUCAACAACAAGCUCUACAACAUCCAGACCCUCAACGGCUCGACCGCGUACUGCUACGACAACAAAGCCUACAGCGGCUUCGACCUGCUCGGCAAAUCCCGCUGCCUGCCCGACACCGCCAACCCGUCCUACGGAUGGGGCUUCUCCACCAUGCUGUCCGGCGUGUUCGUGUUCAUCCACUUCGGGUGGAGCGCCAGCAUGUGGAUCGUGUGGCUGGACGCGCAGGCCCGCUCCGUGCUGGUGCAGGGCGGGUACGAGAUGACGCCGCUGCGGGCCGCGUUCGCGAUCGCAAAGGCCGUGAAAAGGAAGACGGGGCUGGGUGAGAAGCAGCUCGUGAGGCAUGAUACGAAGGAAUUGGAUAGGGAGCUGGAUGGGAAAGGGGACCAGAAGGGGACCAAGAUCGACUACGGCAUUUUCGUGCCCGACGCGGAGGAGGACGCGGCGGAUGAGCGGGCGGUCCGCAGGCGGCGCGCGCUGGCGCUGGAUGGGGUGCCGUCUUGAGACGAUGACCGUUCGAUGCACCAUUCGAAGGAGAAUCUCGUGGCGACUCACUCUCCGAAACAAGGUUGUUGAACAAGGGUCGUUCGUGUCUACUACUCUUUGUGGUUCAG